AUGAGUGAAUCAGAGGCUCCACAUGCAACUAAUGAAGAUUCGUCUUUGACAGUUCUUAAGGCAAGGAUCGCAUUACUAGCGACAGCGAUUGGUGGUCCUGACUAUACUUCGAAAUUGGAUCCUCCGCCUUAUAAGCUGGGAGAUGACUGUUUGGCGUGUCUCAGAGAUCUAAAAAGAUGGUUUAAACUGGUUGAUGACCAGCAGAAUAGGUGGGACGUUGCGAUGGCUUGUGCGAAUUAUCGCAUUUUGAUAGACGAUUUACUGCCAAUUCUGAUAGACUGGGAAAACAAAUGCUAUCUAGCAGCUAAGCUCUCCAAGGAGGACAACUCGAAUGCUACCUCAGUGUUCAGAAACAAAGAAUACCAUGACAGCAUUGCACUAAACUGCCUACAGCUAAUGGUUUUGAUGACCUGGCCUUUAAUUCUAACAGAACAGUCUCCAUCGCAUCAGGUGGCACUUUAUACCGAUCUCAAGAAGCACCAAUUGAGCUACAAGAAGCAAAUUUUAUUAGCUGACGAUGGGAAAGUGCUCAAGGCGGCAAAUAGGCUGGCCGUGAAUGUGCUUAAAAUCAACAAAGUGGACAGGACGCCGAGGGAAAACAUGGUACUUCGAUUAGUGCUUCAUUUCUUUAGAAAUAUUUUGGCAAUAGAGCCUGGUGAGCUGAGCAUAUGUGCAAAGCAAAAAUCCUCCUCUCGUGGCAUUAGCUCCGCGGAUAUGCUGCCGCCAGAUGUUUCGAUGGAUGAUAUAAGCUUGAAUGCCGUUAUCUCAGCGUUUCACCGCAAUAAGGUGUUCGGAUUACUGCUGACCUUAUCAAGCUCCCCCGCCGGUGAGUUUGAUCAAGAGUUCAUAAACCUCCCUGUUAUGGAAGUUCUUUUCUUCUUGAUUAAAGACCUCGACCACAGGGUUUUGAUUACAGCAAGGAAAUGCAAGCUUCAAGGCUCCGCAGAGGAUGAAUACUCUACCGCUGGAUUACAACUGACGCAACUGUUAGAAAAAGAGCGUAGGCUUAAAAAAAUAGUUGUACAGAACACAUCCAGUAGACACUCGAGGUUCGGUGCCCUGCUAUCUAUUCAAACGCAUGACAAUGUACGUUUAACGGUAUCAGGCGGCCAAAAUCUGCUGGAUGAUGGUUCUGCACUUAAGAAACUAGAUAACAGGAAGAAGUGGAAGAAGAGAGUAAGCACAAGACAGGAUGAUGUAGUAGACAAAGGACUACCCAACAGCUUACUGAACUCACAAUUAAAAUCUGUUCAUCUGCAUAGCACUACCUUGAAGGGCUUUAUAACUUUCCUCGAGAAUUUCAUCGCAUCAGCAUUUAACAAUGUACUGCAUCGGAUAACAAAUCACUUCACAACAGAAUUAGACCAGAUGACGAUUCUUCAGCAGGUCCAAUAUCUUCUAUACUAUUCGUGGUUUUUGGGUUAUAACAGAGAGCAGCGCAAACUGGAUGGUUCAGUUGAUGCAACAUCUGUAUCUGGGGCAGUGGCAGAGACAACUUUUAUUCUAGUUAGCUCAUUACUGAGGAAGGGCUACGACGAAAAGAAUUGGAUUGUCACCCACGCAGCAAUGAUUGCAUUCAAUGAAUUAUUGCUGCUGAUAGGCGAUGAGUCUUUCAAACUUUCAGAUGAUGCUGAUUUUAUUCUUCCAAGACUGUUCAAUAGCGAGAGAAUCCAGCUUCUGGCAAGCUUGCCAAAGAGUUCCCUCCGAUACUCCUUACAAUAUAUGAAAAGCUGCGUCCAACUUACCCAUACAGCUCUCAGAACAUUUGAAGCGUACGACAAUGACUCAAAGCUCACCAUUUCAGGAAAUGGUAAGCAUGAACGCAAAGCUAGCUUUUCAGAAUCCGAUAUAGCUAGUUUGAUGCAAUCUGAAAAUUUGGAUAGAGACGAGGCCUUGGAGCUUUUGAGUUCCUCCCCCAAAAAAUACACAAUUAACUUUGAGAAAGUGCAAAGAUGCUACAUGAAUGAACCUACUAUUGACUCCUACAUCAGCUUUUUGCAAAGAUUUAAGGAAUUGGAUGAGGAAGAUCUUAAAAGAGGUUUAUCUUUCCUUCACAGAGUACUCACCCAGAGUACUGAAGAAUCAUUAUUAUUUCGAAUUGAUCUAAUAGUGCUGCUGAGAGAUAUACUCUCUCCUCAAGGGAUUUCGAAUGCCUCGCGACUCAGAAAGCAUUUCGAAGAUCUCUCAAACUAUUUCCUACACAGUUUAAAGAAAAAGCUCAAAAAAUCACCAGCAUGGUUCACCGGUCUGCUUUUCCCUCUCUUGCAUGAUAGUGAGGUCGGAUUCUAUCAGAAAUAUUGUGAGACGAAGGUGAUAAAAAAGAGUGCAUUUUACGCAGUGCUACCCAGUAGAUUUAAACCGAUUGAAUCGGAAGAAGAGCUUCCGAGCUCGCAUUUACUGGAUAUGCAUUUUGGUAUUCUCGUUUCAUCACUUAUAGAUGAUGGCAAACAGGAAUUGGUGGAUGGCGUAAUAAAACACUUGUCAACAAUCAUAAGCGAUGCAUCAAUAAACCUGAAUCAAAAUAUUUCUAAUAAUACUAAAUCCGUCAAGGAGUUGGUAUUAGAUCCAGACACUAAUCAUGAUUCCUUGUAUUUCGAUAAAGAUUUUAGAGCUCUACUCGCCAGAGCAGGCUACUGUCUACCAUCGACUAUAAAGGAAAGAUGUUACAUCUCCGAUGGUAUGGAAAUUGCAGAAUUAGAUCGAAAUCUCCAAAUAAUAACAAAGUACAUGACUACUCCAUUUGAAACACCCAACGGUUUGCCCUCAUCAUCAUAUUUGAUAAGGCCUAAAGUCAAUAGAGAUACUGGCCUCGAGGAGCAGAAGGAAGGGGAUGGCGACGAGCCAUAUGACUAUACUAAUCCUAUGAUAGUUUCCGAUAGUGAAGCAAACAUGGUGGACGAUAACGGUUACUUUAAUGACUUGCAAGGAAGCAUGAUGGCCGAGUUUGAUGGUAGAGAGAUCAGUAAGGGAUUGGCGAAAACGAAGAAAUCGAAGAACAAGAGAAGGACAGCCCGCUCGAAGAAGACUUCGGACGCAGAUAAUAAUAAGCAUAUCCGAAGAGAGAAGGUUUUACUGUCUAGUAAAGAAUUCAUCAAUGAUUCCGACGAUGAAGAUUUUGUAAACCCUGUAUUCUUCGAGAAUGAAAUGUACAUGAGAUUCUUGAUUGACAAGCAUGGGGGACAAUUGCCGGAUACAAAGUACACAGAAUUUGGCAAAUUUGCAGCUGAAAGAAUGGCAAAUAACGGCAGAACAAAGAACGAUUUCCGCAAUCUCUUUGAUGGUGCUAUUCCCCAGAUUUCUGAUCUUCGUAAUGGUGACUUCGCUAGCACUGGACCGGAUAAGACGCUUUUUAGUCUAUCAGGUCUCGUUUCAGCACAAAUCGAAGCAAACACAACCAACGAUGGCCAAAUAGUGUCCGUCGAAUCUUCCAAUACAAAAAUCAACGAGAAUCCCGAAAAACCUAACUCUCAGGUAUCAACAGAAACUAGGUUUGCCAAUGACGACGGCUCUGUAUCAGAAACCCCAAUGACACCGACAGAACAAGAGGAUGAACAUGAAAUGGGCCAUCUGGCUAGAAAAAGGAGAAGAAUAUUUGUAGAGGAUGAUGAGGAUUAA